AUGACGUCCAAAUUCACCAGACUCAUCCGGUUCGAAGAUCCUCAAGGGAAGAUUCAUUAUGGCGAGGCUGGUGCGGAUUGGAAACUAAAUCUUCAAGGUCAGACGCUCCCAACCUAUGACAUCACUAGUUCUUGGGCGUCCGAGUUUCCCUUGUCUGGCCAGAAGGCAGAAGUGGCAAAGAUAUUGAGUCCACUAGAAACAAUACCGUUGAUGUUUGGGAUUGGACUGAACUACAAGUCGCAUGCCGAGGAAGCUAAUCUUCCGAUUCCUUCAUACCCGGUAUUAUUCACGAAGUUUGGUGACGUGCUUGCGGGUCCUUAUCAAGACAUUCCAAUACCACUGGUGGCUAAAGACCUGGACUAUGAAGGCGAGCUUUGCGUCGUUAUUGGCAAAGAUGCAAAGAAUCUAGCAGAAGACGCCGACCUCUCCGAAUAUAUACUCGGCUACACUACCGGCAACGACGUUUCCGCACGCUUCUGGGCAUGGCCAAAGCAGUCUGGAGGCCAAUAUGGACAUUCAAAAUCGUUUGACCAGUUUGGGCCAAUCGGCCCCGUUAUUACAUCGCCUGCAGCUCUCGGGGAUCCUCAAAACCUGUGUCUCAAGACCUGGGUGAAUGGCGAAAUAAAGCAGAAUAACAACACUAACAACAUGAUCUUUGACGUCGCUGCUGUUGUUCGCCACAUGAGUCAGGGAAUCACGCUGAAAAGGGGUACAGUCAUCAUGACCGGGACUCCGGAUGGUGUUCUUGCGUGCAAGAAAUCCCAAGUCUACCUCAAUUCCGGAGAUCUUGUCGAGGUUGAAAUAGAGAAGAUAGGGAAGAUCGCCAACAAGAUGGUCUUCACGUCUUGA